UUUUGUUAUUUUUUCUUUUCUUUGGCAUUCGAACAAAACAGUAAAGAGGAGAAAGUAUAGUCUUACCUAGUUAGUCGAUUCUCGCCGGAGGAGGGUUUGAAGUCGUCGUCGGGUUGUGUUUGGCCGAGAGUCUUUGGCGUUUAGAGCCUCAUGGAGCGUCGGUUUCGACUUUCUAGAGGAGGAUGUGAGUUAGCUUAGAGUUUUGGGGUUCGUUUUUAGUAAGCCGAACACCAUGGGUGGUGGCCGGAGGAUUGAGGAGCGCCGUUGAGCGACGGUGUUGGCAAUUUGUUGGUCUCGGCCGAGAGAAAUUUCUGAGGAAGAUGUUUGAGUGGUCGUUUAGCUUUCUUACCUGAUUUUUUUUUUCUUUUAGAGCAGUGCAUGUAUAGAGCAUGAAGAUUGAAUGAAGAGGGAAAAUUAAAGAGAAAUGAUGAAUUUUGAUUAGUCAAAAACAAAAACCGUAAAGAAGGAAAAGAAAGAUCGGUCAAAAUGAUGCCAGGUUUAGGGUUUAAGCAAUAAGUGUUUUAUAUCAUGCAAAUUAAGUAAUGCAGAGGAGACAUGUGGCGCGAAUUUUAAAGCCCAAAUGCCGGUCAAGAAACAUGGCAGGCGAGCCGGUUGAAAUACUUUAAUCCACAGUUAAGUCAACGCCUUCACACUUGAGCUUAUCACAACUCAAAGCUUAAUUUAAGUUAAACCACGAGCAAGUUUAACUCGAAAAAUCCUUGGCGGUAUCCUAACAACCGCCGGUAACAUGGCGACUUGGUUCCUCGACAAGUGUCGGAACAUGUCAUCGAGGUGCUCGACACGUUUCAUGGCCUCCCUCGUUUCCCAGCUCUUCUUUUUCUUGGCCGUUUCAUGUGCAUAUUUACCAUCGGAGUCGGCUGUUUUACUACCUUCUCAUCGCCUUCUAGCAAGUAGCGCUCACAAAGAAAUGGACAGUGAAAAUGGCAGCCAAUGUUCGAAACGCAUUACUGAAGCUUCACAAAUUCGACCUGCAUUGCCUUUAUUGGAUGCCGAUUUCCUUAACGAUACUAAGGUUCUUGAGAUUGCGAAGGGUGCAAAAGAGUUCAAUGUCCCUAUAAUAAGAGCCAACAGGAAGUUAGUUGCUUCCGUUAAUGGAGGGCUGCAUAAUCAUUCUCCUUUGAUUUUUAAUCCCGAGUGGAGCACGGAGCAGUCACAAGGCAAGGCCAGCCGGUUUAAUCAUCCUUCACCAUCCGGCAUCCAAAGGCCAAAUAAUGAAGAAGAUAUAGCCUUUAUGAGUGUUCUCGAACUAGGAGAACUUAUUAAGAACAAACAGAUUACUUCUGAGGAGCUUACAGGAAUUUUUCUGAAGAGAUUGAGAAGAUACAAUCCAGUACUUGAAUCCGUGGUCACUAAUACCGAAGAUUUAGCUUACCAGCAAGCAAAAGCAGCAGACAAGUUGCUCUCUCAAGGAGUGUAUUUAGGACCUCUCCAUGGCAUCCCUUACGGAUUGAAGGAUAUAAUCUCGGUACCUCAUUACAAGACAACUUGGGGUUCAAAAACUUUCAAAAAUCAAGUGCUUAAUAUCGAUGCCUGGGUAUAUAAGAGGUUAAAAUCUGCAGGGGCAGUUCUUGUCGCAAAGCUUGUUUCCGGAUCACUGGCCUAUGAUGACAUCUGGUUUGGCGGUCGGACUAGGAACCCUUGGAACAUUGAGGAAUUCUCUACAGGCUCGUCAGCUGGGCCUGCUGCUUGCACCUCAGCAGGGAUGGUUCCGUUUGCAAUUGGUUCAGAAACAGCUGGUUCCAUUACUUACCCUGCUGCUCGGUGUGGUGUGACAGCAUUACGGCCAACUUUUGGUUCAGUUGGACGAACCGGUGUAAUGAGCAUAUCAGAAAGCUUGGACAAGCUCGGUCCAUUCUGCCGAUAUGCUGCUGAUUGUGCGAUUAUUCUGGAUGCCAUCCGAGGGAAAGAUCCAGAUGAUUCUUCUUCAAGAGACAUUCCCUUUGGUGACCCAUUCUCUGUUGAUAUCACAAAGCUUACAGUUGGUUAUCUUGAUGAUGCUGACAUGGAGGUUGUUCAUGUGCUUGAGUCGAAAGGUGUCAAGGCGGUUCCUUUCAAACUGAAGUACACUGUCGAUUCUGUUCAAGGCAUCCUAAAUUUCACAAUGGAUGUUGACAUGUUGGCUCACUUUGAUGAAUGGCAACGCUCUGGGAGGGAUGAUGAUUACGAAGCUCAAGAUCAAUGGCCCCUUGAGUUACGUCGUGCACGUGUAGUUUCAGCCGUAGAUUAUAUGCAGGCACAAAGAGCUCGAGGAAAGUUAAUCCAAGAAGUGAAAGAAAACUUCAACGUUGAUGCAUUCAUUGGAAAUGCAACUGAUUGGGAGCGAGUAUGCAUGGGAAAUCUUGUAGGUUUGCCGGUAACUGUUAUUCCGACAGGAUUCAAAAACAUAUCUAAUUCACCUCCAACCGGUACGCGUAGACGGACCACGGUCAACACCGGCAUUUAUGCUCCUCCUAACCACGAUCACAUUGCAUUAGCGUUGGCAAUGGCGUACCAGUCUGCCACAGAUCACCAUAAGAAGCGCCCCCCAAUCGAUGAUCUCGGACCAAAUGACAAGAUACCGAAUCCCUCCGCCGUUCCCAUUCCUCCUAGAAGCUUGCAUCUGUAAAAGAGUAUAUAUUAAGAAACCUUUCAGUGUUUACCGAUUCUGAAGCCAGCUUUGGACUGCAACGUGUUGUCUAAGAAUAAUAUCAUCACUGAAAAUGGAAUGAUUAAAUUGAUACCCCAUUUAGAGACU